CCCAAAAAACCUCUCAGCACCACCGAAACGGUUGUCUCACAUUUUCUUCCAACUUUCAUCUUCUUGGCAAUGGUCUGGAUAGCUGCUUCCUUUUAGCUAUCACAGUAUCACAGUAGCUACUACUCAUCAUCUAUUCUAUUGAACUCAAUUUUUAUUUAUUCAAUUACAAUCCAGCCACGAUGCAGCACGACGAGAUGAUAUGGCAGGUGAUCAAUCACCAGUUUUGUUCGUUCAAGACAACGAUUGGCAAGGCCAAGAGCGACAAGACGCAUUUCUGUCAACAUCCGUACUCGGUAACGGGGUUGUGCAAUCGAACUUCGUGUCCGCUUGCGAAUUCCAAGUACGCGACGAUUCGAGAAGAAAAAGGACGCGUCCAUCUCUACAUUAAAACGGUGGAACGAGCGCAUUCUCCCAAGAAUCUGUGGGAAAAGAUUCUCUUGUCGCGCAAUUAUUCCAAAGCCACGGCACAGUUGGACGAACAUUUGGCGUACUUUCCCAAGGUCCUCAUUCAUCGCAACAAACAGCGAUUGACCAAAAUUCAUCAAUAUUUGAUUCGCAUGCGCAAAAUCAAACUCAAGGAAAUUGCCGGACGCAAAGCCAAAAUGGUAGGCAUUCAUCGCAAGAUUGAACAACGCGAAGAACGCAGAGAACGCAAGGCAUUGGUGGCUGCCAAGUUGGAACGCAACAUUCAAAAGGAGUUGGUGGAUAGAUUGGCCAAGGGAACCUAUGGAGAUAUCUACAACUUUCCAGAAGCGCCGUACCAAAAGGCAUUACAGCAACAACAAGAAAAGGAAGAAGAGGAAGAGACGGAUGAAGAAACAGAUGAGGAAGAGGAAGGAAUGGUCGAGUAUGUGGAAGAUUUGGAAUCGGACGAAGAAGAAGAGCAAGAAGAUAUUGAAGAUGUCCAGUACAUGGGAAAUGGAAAGUGGGGAAGUGAAGAAGAAGACGACGAUGAUGAUGGCAGUAAUGAGGACGAUAGCAGUAGUGAUUCUGACGAGAGUGCAGAUUCAGAAGAUGACAGACCGUCAAAGAAAUCCCGUGGAAAUGAUCCCAAAUCCAAAAAGAAGAAACCUAGCAAACCGGCUGCUAGAAAGAAAUCGGGAACUCGUAUUGAAAUCGAAUACGAAGAAGAACGGGAAGAUGAAGCCAUGCCUGCGGCUGCUGCCACUGUCGAUUGGUAAUAGAUAUUGCUUUUGUUUUUGU